AUGGAUAGCUUAUUCCUGGAGCUUUUUAUUAGUCUUUUACUGGCAAUAUUAAUCGGAGAGAUUUCCAGCACAGGCGAAGUUGUAUAUGCUGUAAAUAGCGGCGGACCGGCCCACACAGAUCUGAACGGAGUGCAUUACCAAGCUGACAAGCUGACCGUAGGAACCUCGUCGGACUUUGGCAAAUCUCUUUCGAUUGGUAGAGUCGCUCCUGCAGACCAAAUUUUAUAUCAAACGGAACGUUAUCAUUUUUCGAAUUUUGGCUACAACAUUCCCAUAAAGGAAAACGGCGAUUAUGUGCUAAUUUUGAAGUUCUGUGAAGUUUAUUUUCAAGCUCCAAGGCUAAAGGUAAGCUAGAUAAGCAAGUUCGAUCCACGUGUAUGAAUUUAAUCGAUGUUUAUACCGUUCGGGAUUCAAACUAGCUGUUACUAGCUCUUUGUUUAAACUGAUUUUAAGACGCCUUUUUCAGAAAUUGUUUUUGUUUUUGUGAAUGUGUUGUUCUGUAAGCGUUUUACUGGUAGGAGAAUAAUAAUGAACAAUGUACAUGAAAUAUACAUACAUGUCGGAAUGAAUUCGAGUCACGGUUUAAGCGUGCACGUUUGUGUACGUUGUUUGUUAAUGUGCCCGCCACAUGUUUCAUAGGUGAUUCAAAGCAAUCGAUAAUCAUAUUGCUGUGAAAGGAAAGGAACUUUGUCAGCAGGGUUGUCGAUAUGAUUAAUAGGACAUGUCAUUAAGGUUUUUUACAGCUGUACAAUGUCUUUAUAUAUUUUGUACGCGAAAGUGUGACCGAUAGAACCUUAGCCGUAUACGAGGCCGGUAUUUAUUUAUUGAACUACAUUCAGUUAAUGUUCUACUUAAAUUAAGUUUUUCCAUCAGACUAUCUGGUCAUUUUAAAAAGCAAAAAUAAAAAAAAAAUUGGCGAAAACGUUGUGUGCAACCUCACAAAGACACCUGUCUCCUGUUUAGUUGGUCAAGAAGCUUCAUUGUAAACACAGAACUUUUUGCUUCCCUUUUCUUUUCCAUACUUGAGCACUAAAGAGAUCAAAGCCUUUCAAAAAAUUUAUACAAAUUGAGUGUUGGCCUGAGAAUGAUAUAAAUGAAUCCUUGCAAUUUGGUUAAUGUUUUUUUUUUACUUUUUUAAUGCACCCCUUUAGUUAUCUGCAGAAGUAAGUAAAGCAGAUGACACAUGUUUCUGUCAACUAUUUAAAGUUUUAUAUUGUAGUGUAAAAAAGUGGUAUUGCUAUCUUAAGGCGUGUAAGUCAUUUUAUACCAUUUGAUACUAGAGUGAAUAUGUACAAUGCACUGGUAAUGCCAUAUUUUAAUUACUGUGGUGCCGUAUGGGGUAAUAUCAAUAAGGGAUUAGCAGAUAAAACUUCAAAAGCUGCAGAAUAGGGCUGCUAGAAUUCUCACCUUUUCUAACUAUGACGUUCGCUCAAGUGUUUUGUUGGAUGAGCUUGGCUGGGAAAGGCUAGAAUAUGUAAGACUUAAACAUUUGGCUGUGACAAUGUAUAAAAUCCAUAAUAAUCUUUCCCCGUCGUAUCUGAGGCGGAUCUUUACCAACACCUCAAAUGUACAUUCACACAAUCUUAGAAAUUCUGAGUUAAAUUAUUAUGUCCCCAGACCCAGAACUGAGUCUGCAAAAGGGAGCCUACACUACAGAUGAUCUGUUCUGACUGGAACAAGAUUCCCUCAGAGAUUAGAAAACUGCCUAGUUUAAAUAUUUUUAAAACUUCAAUUCAUGGGAAAGAUUUUUCUAAUACACCAUGACUCAUUGUAACUCUUAUUAUUCAUAAUGUAAGUUUUUGUAUUUUUAACAUUCUAGUCAAUGGUUCCUUAGAGUAUUUUAGUCUAGUUUUAAACACGAUUCCUAGGAAGACCAUGUAAAAUGAUACGAUUUCGUGUAUAAAUAAAGAUUGAUGAUGAUGAUGAUGAUCAUAAACGUGUCACUUUGAUUACAAUGCUCAGUUUUCUUGUAACAAAACUGUUAUUGCUCCUGACAGAAUUAGUGGAGAAAAGUCUGUGUUAAGCUGUGUGUUGUUAGCCAUAAGAUAAAUUUUGUGUUUAAGGGUUAGCUUUCGCCCAUCGCACGUGGGCUGGUAAUUCUAGUAUAUUUUGCACAAAUGCAUUAUAUAACUGUUGCUCUGGCCAGUUGGAAUUUUUUUUAUUACUUUUAGGCUUAAAAACAUUAAAAGUUGCAACUGGGAAAUGUGAUAGGUAUAUACCGUAAAAUUCUGAAAAUAAGGCCCGGGGCUUAUAUUUUUCAAAGGCCCUUUUUAAGGGGCUUAUUUUUGGAGGGGCUUAUAUUCGGAGGGGCUCAUCUAUGGAGGGAAAUUUGCAUUUCAAAAUCGAUUGGGCUAGCCUUUUACUUGGAAGUAAUUUGACCACUUUUGCUUUUACUUUGUAUUUGAGGGCAAUUUUCCAAGUACAAGCACCCAGGGGGCUUGGAGGGGCCAUUUAAUGGAGGGUUUUUUGCAUUACUGGUUUGGGGGCUUAUAUUUGGAGGGGCUUAUUUUCAGAAUUUUAUAGUGUGCAAAAUGCUGCAAAUGACUCUACCCAUUGCAUUUGGUUUUAUAAUGUGGCAGUUACUUGUAUCGGUUACACUGUACUUCAUCAACUGAGAAUAUAUUACAUUUAUUUUUUUGUGUGCAGGUUUUUGAUGUAGCUGUAAAUCAACACACUGUAAUAAAAGGAUUAGACAUUUAUGAGAGAGUGGGUCGAGGAGUUGGCCAUGAUGAGUACAUUCCUUUUAGAGUUAACAACAAUCAAUUACUGAUUGAUGGAGAAACAGUACCAUUUGGUGGUUCUGUAUAUGUUGAAUUUUUAAAGGUAAGUGUGUUUUAUUUUUGUUACAUUUUCCUGGUUAUAAAAACUUUAUAGCAGGAGUUUUGUUUUUGAGUGAAACCUCUCCAAUUCAGACAUCAAAAUUAAUUAAAGGAACUGAACUUUUCUUGUCUUUUUCUCAGCCAUAGCAUUCAUCUGUUAACCCUUUUGGGCCUUUUUACCGACCAAAAUGACAAAUUUCCCUGCCCUUUCAUAUACUUCAACAUCAGUGAAACCCCUACCAUUUUAUAUAACUAAAGCCUAAAAAAGGUACCCCUUUUGGGUGGAGCCUCCCCUUAUAGGCCAUUAUAGGGAGUACCUGCCCCCACCCCCCAGGAUUUUCCUGUCUUGUUUAAUAUAGAGCUGAGCUUUAAAUAACAGUCAGUCACUGGAUUAUUUCUUCACUAAGUUUUCCCUUGUCCAACAAAAUCUUAUUUGCUGUCAGGCAUGGUUAUGACGACCUGACAGAUUAAAAAGACUUUGAUUUUGUAGCUGAAAGAUUUGCAUAUGAGGUAAUUGAAAUAAUGUUAAAAGUGCAACGUGCAACCCAGUGAAAGUGAGCUGGCAACAGGCAAUUUUGCGACUUCCAGUGGAAUAGUUGCUACCUAAUCAACACUCGGGUUUAGUAAUAUUAAUUAAGUAAAAACCACCCAAUCUUUGCCACUAGUGUUACUCUGGUUAUCCUGCCUACUGUAGAGAUACAGUUAAGGUCAGGAGGCGAUUACUUAUAUCGGCUCCUCGUUAAGGCAGGAGUUGAUUGCUUGUCAAGUAAAAUUCUGACAAGUGACAUGGCCCAGAAACAUUGACAUAAGACAGCAAAAUGGCAACAAAUGACACAAAGAUGUGAAACUGUGACGGCAAAGGAGACAUAGCUUCCUUGUCAACAUGCAAAACAACAGGUUUUGAAAACAGACAAGGGACGUACAUGACCCCCGCCCCGCCCCUAAUAGGACCUCAACAUUUUGAAUGGACUGCAACACUAUAUAUCUCCAAUAGCUUUUUCUGGUUUGUUGGGCUAAAACAUGACUUGGUCAGACAUCCUUUCUGAAAAGAAGACCUUUUUGAUGGCCAUUGGAGGUAGCUAUCGUCUGACACCUGUCAAUUAACACCGGAUAAACUGUUCAUUUGAUGAACUUGCCAUGAAAUGCUGAGUCAGUCUUAAUUCAAAAUGGGGAUUUCCCUCUCAUGAGAGACUUUGGAAGUCGGCAAUUUCUGUCUAAAGUGAUUUUUUUAAGGGGCAUAAAAUAGUUAAACUAACAUAUGUUUUUGGUGGGAGGAGAAUUGUUCAGGGGUUUGAACAAUUGAGGUUUCAAGAAGUCAGGUUCGUGGUACUGUACAUUAACUAUAAGUUUGCAAUAAUUUGCACAGUGUGCUCUUCUUAUAGCAGUCUUUUUCAUUUUGAAAUUCAGGGCUAUUAUGAUAAUCCUAAAAUCAAUGCUGUUUUGGUUAUGAAAGGAACAUUAGAGGGUAAGUUUCAUUAUUUUCCCACAUUCAUAAAGUUUCCAGACAUAUUACUUUAAUGGUAUUCUCAUUCCCAGGUAUUUACACAUAUCAGUUAAUUUGAGAGCAUUCAUUUGGGUAUGUACAAGUUCUUUAGAUUCUGGAUUUAAAAUCUCCAGACACACAACCAAAUUAGGACAUUUUCAUUUGGAAUUGAUGCAUAUGUCUGUAAACAGCAAAAUAAAUCUGGUACCAAAAUGUUCGGUAUUGAUCAUGAAUCCAGGAAAAUGUCCUCUACUGUAAACCUAGUCCAAGAAAAAUGCCAUCCAAAUGUAAAGAGAAUGUCAGAAAUGAUUAUUACUAUGUGUACUUGUGGCAUCCCUUUUCAGCUAUUUGUAUCACUUUGGAUAACAAGACUGCUUAAAAAAUACAGAAAUUAAUAAUUAAUUAAUAAUUUGUUGUUCAUCACCAACAGUUUCUUGAAAGUUACCCCUGAAACCACCUCUUUCACGCAAGAUCCACAAGGCCAUGUAAAUGUCAAUACUUGGCAACUGGCAAUGGAUCAUGAUCAGGGCCACCACCUUCCCCCAAUUUAUGAAAGCCUUGCUUUGCAGCCUUAUUAAAAGAAGCAUGUAAAGAAUAACAGCAAAUGUCUCUGAUGAAAGGCUACAGAUGGCUUCUGAAUGCUCUUUGUAACCUUCAAUGAACUGUUGGUGGUAGUUAAUAUAAUACAGAAUAUUGCGCUGUAAUAUCAAGAUAUUAGUAAAAUCCAACUAGUGGUCUAUUAUCAAUGCUGCAUUCUGAUUGGUUGAGCGACUACCAGGCUAUAUGUUAUAGCCCACUAGUAGCGAAAAGCGCCGGAUUUUUGGCGGCAAAAAAGGAUUAUAGUCUUGCUUUAAGUUGUUUUGUCUUGAUAUUUUUGACCAACUAGUUGGAUUUACUAAAACAAUUUAUUAUUCCUCUCGCCCUCAUGGCCUCUGAGUCAAUAGCCCAUUAGGCCUUCGGCGUCAUGGGCUAUUGACUCAGAGCCCAUUCAGGCUUGAGGAAUAAUUGUUAAAUAUUUUGAACUUGGCUUUUUUUACAGAUGUUCCAAAGUUGCCCCCCUUGCCACGCCCAGGGGAAGACAAUGAGGAUGAGGAUGAUGAAGAGGAAUCAAAGGAAGAUAAACCAAAGAAACAGCGCAAGUUAUCUGGCCCCAAAGCCAUCAAUCCGUAUGCUAAUGAUGAAUCUAGCAUGUUAAUUCCAAUUGCUGUUGCCAUUGCUGUCUUUCUACCCACACUGUUUUGUCUGUGUAAAUUGUGAUAGACUGGGGUUGGAUUUUAUUUAUUGCAUUACAAGUUUCUCUGUUGUUAUCUAUUGUAGGCUUUAAAAACUCUUCUGAUCAGAAACAAAAAUACCAUAACCGAUUUAGGAUUUUGGGUUUACUUUCUAUGUAAUAAUUUAAAUGUUGGGCAUAGGCUUUAAUUUGUUUGGAAAAAAAGCUUUGCUUUUUAGCAAAACUAAACCCAAAAAAUGAUGUUAAAAAACUGGUUGAUCAUGAUUGUGAAGGUAACUUGGUUACUAUCUUAAAGGGACAGUGUCAUG